AUGGGGUUCCAUACUGCAGAGAGUUUAGGUCAAUCAACCUCAUCAGAUGAGAAAAAGAAGUCUCCAUUAAAGCCAUGUGGAAAGGGCAACAAAAGGAAGCAAGAAGACCUUGAUCUUGAAGAGAAGCACAGUUGGGAAACAUUCAUGACUGAAGAUCUUCCAGAUGAAGAUCAGGAUGAUGACCCCACAUAUGAACCCAGCAAAUCUGACACAGACAGCGAAGAACACCAUUCCAAAAAUGAAACCGAAAGCGACAUUGAGAUUGAAGAAAAGGAUGGGGUUGUCAUGAUCAAGGAGCAUGUGGAAAAGAGAGAGGAGGAUUUGUCAAACAAGGAGGAAACACAUGGAGAUGAACAGACAAAUAGAGGGGAGCCAAAUCCAGACAGCAAUGUCCAAAAAACAGAUGGUGGUGAUCAGGAAGCUGUCUCCUCUGCAGGAACUUCGUGAACGGAUAAUAGACUCUAAGCGUCUCCUUUUGCGUGACACCAACUUCUCUGGAGUAAUGACAUUUUGUGGCAUGCUGACUUGCACUUGAUUACUGUAACCUUAUCUAUAUGGAACUUGCCCCGUAACCAUUAAUUUACAUUAGCAAUAAAUACAU